GAUAAAAUAAUAAGAAGAAGAAGAAGAAGAAAGGAUUUUGGUUUUUGUAUGAAGAGUAAUUUAGCGUGUAUAAUGGUAGAAGAGGAGCCCAAGGCUUACAUUGCUGGCUUUUAAGCCGUGGAUUUGUUGUUCUUAUAUACGGGACUCUGUCUGCUCAAAUUGACCAGAACCCAGUUUUUUCAUUUCAGUUCUUUCGAUUUCACCGAUUCCCACAAAUCCCUUCCAGUUUCUCAGUCUUGCUUCUCUUUUUUCUGUAUUAUCCAAUACCCACCAAGGAUAAAACGAAACCCACAAUUUCAGAGUUUGAAGCAAGCGAAUUCAAGAAGCCAAUUGGAAGCAGCCCCCCCCCCUCUUCCUCCUUUAUUUUCCCCUCAAAUCUACUUCCACUUUUGAUUUGGUGGAUCUAUAGAUCCAACCCUUUACCCACGUAUAUUUCUCCUUUGUUCCUUUGGAUUUUCAUCAUUUUUCAGAUGCGGUAAUUCAGUAGCUCACCAGAAACUGUGCAGAUAACCUUACUUUAUAUUAUCGAUUCUUAUCUCUUCAAUUUGAGAAUCUGUUGCUGCCUUCCUUCAGAGAAGUGUUCUCUUUAUAGCUCUUUCAGUUAUUGGUGUGUAGGAGGGGAGACUGGUGGAGUUUAUUGGAAGGAGUGGUAUUGCAUCCAAUUUUGGAUGUCGAGGAAUUGGCGGCUGUCCCCGGUGAGAUGAGGGAUGUUAUCAAAGUUGAUGAACUUUUUGAGGUCCUGCUGGCGGCCGUCCUCGGAACGUUAUGCCCACACGAGUUCGGAUGCAGCGGGCCGGCAAGAUGGGCUCCUUUGGUACAAAGACACUGGGAAGCACUUGCAUGGUGAAUUUUCUAUGGCUGUCUUGCAGGCCAAUAAUUUGCUUGAGGAUCAGAGCCAGCUUGAGUCCGGUCUCUUGAGCACUCUUGACUCUGGCCCCUAUGGUACCUUCAUUGGAGUAUAUGAUGGCCAUGGAGGGCCAGAGACAUCGCGUUACAUUAGUGAUCAUCUGUUUCGGCAUCUAAAGAGUUUCACCUCAGAACAUCAAUGUAUGUCUGUAGAUGUGAUUAAGAAAGCAUAUCAAGCGACUGAAGAGGGAUUUCUUUCUCUUGUCACUAAACAAUGGCCCGUGAAGCCUCAGAUUGCAGCAGUUGGAUCUUGUUGUCUGGUGGGUGUCAUUUGUGGGGGUACCCUCUACAUUGCUAACCUUGGUGAUUCACGUGCUGUUCUUGGUAGGCUUGUUAAAGCAACUGGGGAGGUUCUUGCCAUCCAGCUGUCAUCAGAACAUAAUGCGGCCAUAGAGUCUGUCAGGGAGGAGAUGCAUUCUAUGCAUCCAGAUGAUUCGCGGAUUGUGGUUUUGAGGCAUAAUGUAUGGCGCGUGAAGGGCCUGAUACAGGUUUCUAGAUCCAUUGGGGAUGUAUAUCUUAAGAAGGCUGAGUUUAACAGAGAGCCCUUGUAUGCGAAGUUCCGCCUCCGUGAACCUUUCAACCGGCCAAUUUUAAGCUCUGAUCCGUCAAUUUCUGUGCAUGAACUACAACCUCUUGAUCAGUUUCUCAUAUUUGCUUCUGAUGGGCUUUGGGAGCACCUCAGCAAUCAGGAUGCUGUUGAUAUAGUUCAAAAUCACUCCCGUAACGGAAUUGCUAGGAGGCUCGUGAAGACUGCCUUGCAGGAAGCUGCUAAAAAGAGAGAAAUGAGAUACUCGGAUUUGAAGAAAAUAGAUCGCGGUGUCCGCCGCCAUUUCCACGAUGAUAUCACUGUCAUAGUAGUAUUUCUUGACUGGAAUCUUGUGAGCAGAGCCAGCUCAAUCAAAGGGCCUUCCAUAUCUGUGAGAGGGGGUGGAGUCAACCUACCAGCAAAAACUCUAGCUCCUUGUGGCACAACAAUGGAAACUUAACAGCACUUGAUGUAGUUGACAUUUGAUAAUGCUUUACCAUGUGCAGGACCUAUAUUAGAAUUUACUUGGUACUAGCUGCCACUUGGAGUGAAAGAGCAAGAGAAAAGAAGGUGCAACCCUUAGAUUAAUUUUUUAACGUACAAUGUAAAAUUUAACUCGAGACAAGUAUUUUAUAUCAUUUUUUUAAUUCCUGUGCUCAUGAGCUGAAAUGAAAGGAUAUAAUCAGGGGAAGAAGCGAGCUGAAAUGCAGAGGAGAUGCUAAAGAUUAGUUUUCUUUAGGUCAAUUUUCUUGAUGCAUUCAUGCAACUCUCUCUCUUGGAGGUUUAGGAGUUUUUGCUUUUUGUAAAUUAUAUGAAACAUGUGCCCCUUGGGGGUCAAAGUUUAUGUACUUGUGCUUCCACACUAGGAAGUGGGUCUCUUGAAUGGUUGGGAAACCUCUUCUUUCUCA